AUGUCACGUCAUGAAGGUGUUAGCUGUGAUGCAUGUAUGAGAGGAAACUUCAAAGGACGUCGUUUCAAAUGUUUAAAAUGCUACGACUAUGAUCUAUGUGCUCAUUGUUACGAAGCAGGCGCAACCACACCACGUCAUUCAGUUGAUCACCCAAUGCAGUGUAUUUUAACACGUGCUGACUUUGAGCUAUAUUAUGGUGGCGAAUCAUUGGCAUCUGAUCAGCCACAAGCAUUCACAUGUCCUUUUUGUGGACGUAUGGGUCUUACAGAGGUGGUGCUAACAGAACAUGUCACAGCUGAACACCCGGAUUCUACUACAGAAGUUGUGUGUCCAGUUUGUGCAGCACACCCAGGAGGUGAUCCAAAUUUGUUGACUGAUGAUUUUUCAGUUCAUUUACAAAUGCAACAUCGUGCCAGUCCAAGUGUUCCAAGAGAUUUAAUUUCAUUUUUAGAUGAACCUGUUGCAAGACAUUCUGUUCGGCGUAUACCACAGUCUGCAAGAGGUAUGGGAAGUACAAGGGUUCGAAGAGCAAUCAAUUUCAGGUACCGGGCAGCAAAUGGUGGAACGAGAGAUGGUUCAGAUCCAAUUGCUGAGCUAUUAUCACAGUUAAGUGGAGUUCGUAGAGCACAAUCAAAUAGCGUGCCUGGAUCGUCAGCAAGCAGCUCACAAGGCACUCACAAUGUUUCUUCACAGCUGCAACAGUUGCAGAUGCAGCUGCAGCUUGAAAGACAACAAGUCAGGGCUGCUAGACAACAACUAGAACGUCUACCUCGUCGCCAAGGACAUGGCUCAUCUGCAGCAGCUGCAUCAUUAGCUAACAAUAAUAUAGUUGGAUCUGGAGCACCAACACAAGCUGCUGGUACAUCAUCAAACCUACUUAGUAUUCAAGUUGUAGAUUCAAACUCUAACCAAAAUCAGUCUGCACGUAAUAGUUCAUCACAAUUUCUUAUCAAAUAUAUUGAUGCUCCACUAAAUGAAUCUGAACAGCAGAAAUUGGAAAUAGAUUGUGCUGACCGUAGUUUCUUUAUGCAAGAAUUAUUAUUAUCUAUGUUAACUCCAAAUGGAACCAUGCCAGCACCAAUAACUGCCAAAAAAGACCAGUCGCCAUUAUCCACAGUAGCUCAACCUCAGGUAUCGCAAGCAUUAGCUAAGACGAUAGUACCAGAUACCAAACAACGACAGUCUAAUAGUAGACCAUCGCCACCUCCUCCACAGCAACCACAGCAAUCGGCUAACCAUGUAAUUGGUGUUCCUCACAGAUAUUCUUCACCGCCCAGUCGCAAUAGGCAAGCUGUAAUGCAAUCACAAAUUCCACAGCCAGCAGCCAAUGUUAGAAAACAACCUAAAGUCUCUGAUCCAUCACCAUCGCAUUGA